GUCUCUUCUCCGUUCUUCUUGACCAUCUGUGAGACAGAGUGGAAUAUGCCCGUCUGCCCGCCCCGUCUGCCCGCUUGCCCGCGUGCAGACCUAUGAGGAGGGUAGAUGCGAGCUCCAAGGUGCCCCAGACGCCCUCGCUUAGGUGUCUCAGCCAUAUCUCCGCGUCAGGACACCCAACAUACCACAGCGAUCGGCGUGUUGCUGGCUUGAUAGCGCCACCUGUUCGCUUCCAUCAUGAUGUUCCCACACAUCUCGGCCCCACUCCGCAGCCGUCCCCAGACAUCUGUCUACUCCACAAAUCGACCCCAAACAGUCGCAACCCCACAGAUCAUUUGCGGAUCUCCAGGUCACACGACCUGUCCAGAUCGUGUGUCGGCCAAAAUCGUCCGCCAGGUGUGAGACCGCCAACUGAAGCGGUCCAAACGGAUGACCAGGUAUCAGACUGAGGCGCGGCAAACCCGGCGCGAGGCCCGGGUCAUUUGUGCUUGUGCCGGACAUGCUCUCGGGUGAGCACAGUCAGGACAAGAGUAGCGUGGCCAAUGGCGGGCACGAGGGGCUCGCUGCUCGAAACCUCACCCGAAGCCAAGACAGUAGGGGGU